AUGAUCAGGAGGUUACUGGACAAGUUACUGUGGAGACAGUUCCCUGCAGCUCUGCUCACUGCGGGCGGGAAGAUCGAGAACCGCCUCGAGGCCCGCACGCCCACCACCUAUCCAGCGGGGACUCGCUCCUCCGCCCCAGGCUCCCGAGGCCCCAGUUCCCGAGGAGCCGGCUCCCGGCCUACGGGACACACUCACUUCAGGCGACCGUCCCUCCCGGGGCCCAACUCGGCCUCCCGGGGCCGCACGGUCCGAGUCUCCGCCGAGCCGCCGCGGGUGCAGACGGACCGGGCCCGGGCCCCGCCGACCCCGCGCCCUCCGUCCGGCCCCACGGCCCAGCCCGCGGGCUCCGGGGUCGCGCUCGAGCCCCCGCCCGACCAACGCGAACCGUUGCGCGCACAGCCCACGCCCGCUGGGUGCCAACCCGGCCGGACGGCGUCCAACCCUACAGGUCCCGGGAUGUUCGCCCGCCAGAGGCCAAAGCCUGCGGAGACGGCGAGCGGUGACCUGGGCACGCACAGGAAGCCGGACCAGUGCGCGUGCGCGAACACGCACACAGGAAGAAGUGCACAUGCGCAGGAGGAUGCCGGAAGUCCGCCUGCCCGGGCCCACCCGAGGGAGCCGGACAAAUACCAGGACUCUAUUUCCCGCGAGUCUACGCGCUGUCAAGUUUAG